AUGGCGACUUUACCGGGAACAGUGCCUCGAAUGAUGCGUCCAGCUCCAGGCCAGAACUACCCAAGAACCGGCUUCCCCCUAGAAGUGUCCACGCCCCUGGGUCAGGGCCGCGUUAAUCAGCUCGGUGGUGUCUUCAUCAACGGGAGGCCGCUUCCGAAUCACAUCCGUCACAAGAUCGUGGAAAUGGCACAUCACGGCAUCCGUCCGUGCGUCAUCUCCCGCCAGCUACGAGUCUCUCACGGCUGCGUCUCCAAGAUCCUCUGCCGGUACCAGGAGACCGGUUCCAUCCGGCCUGGGGCCAUCGGAGGGAGCAAACCCAGGCAGGUGGCCACCCCGGACGUGGAGAAGCGGAUAGAGGAGUACAAGCGGGAGAACCCGGGGAUGUUCAGCUGGGAGAUCCGCGACAAGCUGCUGAAGGACGGAGUGUGUGACAGAAGCACGGUCCCUUCAGGUGAGGCUUCCUCCGUGAGCUCCAUCAGCCGCGUGUUGAGGGCGCGGUUUGGCAAAAAAGAUGACGAGGAUGACUGUGAUAAGAAGGACGAAGAUGGAGAAAAGAAAACAAAGCAUAGCAUCGAUGGCAUCCUCGGGGAUAAAUGUAGCCGCACAGAUGAGGGCUCGGAUGUGGAUUCGGAGCCUGACUUGCCGCUGAAGAGGAAGCAGAGGCGCAGUCGCACCACCUUCACCGCGGAGCAGCUGGAGGAGCUGGAGAAGGCCUUCGAACGCACACACUACCCAGACAUCUACACCCGCGAAGAGCUGGCCCAGAGGACCAAGCUAACCGAGGCCCGGGUCCAGGUGUGGUUCAGCAACAGGCGUGCUCGGUGGCGCAAACAGGCAGGAGCCAAUCAGCUCGCGGCAUUCAACCACCUGCUUCCUGGAGGCUUCCCCCCAACCGGGAUGCCCACCCUGCCGACCUACCAGCUCCCAGAGGCCAGCUACCCCGGCUCCACCCUCUCACAGGAUGGGGGCAGUACUUUGCACCGACCUCAGCCUCUCCCUCCCUCCUCCAUGCACCAGGGGGCGCUGAGUGCAGACAGCAGCUCUGCUUACGGCCUCACGUCCAACCGCCACAGCUUCUCCAGUUACUCGGAUACUUUCAUGACCCCCGCAACCUCAAGCCAGCACAUGAACGCAGUCAGCAACGGCCUCUCGCCUCAGGUGAUGAGCAUCCUGAGUAACCCCAGCGCAGUGCAGUCCCAGGGACAGCAUGACUUCUCCAUCUCGCCGCUCCAUGGAAGUCUGGACAGCUCCAACGCCAUCUCAGCUAGCUGCAGCCAGCGCUCCGACAGCAUCAAGGACUCUUUGGCCUCGUCCCAGUCCUACUGCCCGCCCACCUACAGCGCCACCAGCUACAGCGUGGACCCGGUCACUGCUGGCUAUCAGUACAGCCAGUACGGACAGACUGCGGUUGACUACCUGGCCAAGAACGUGAGUCUGUCCACUCAGCGGAGGAUGAAGCUGGGCGACCAUUCGGCAGUGCUGGGUCUGUUGCAGGUGGAGACAGGGCAGGCGUACUGA